CCGAAAGCAAUCGACUUGGCGUCCGCCCCACACACAACAGUAUCCAAGAAAGGCAACACGAGCAAGCAUGGCGACGCCAGCCUACGACCGCAACAACAUCUUCGCCAAGAUCAUCCGCGGGGAGAUCCCGAGCUACAAGGUCUUUGAGACCGAGCACGUGCUCGCGAUCCUCGACGCCUUCCCGUGCACAGCGGGCCACUGCCUCCUCAUCCCCAAGGCCGAGGGCUACGCGACGAUCCUCGACAUGCCGCCGGCGCUCGCGGCGCAGCUCUUCCAGGAGCUGCCGCGCCUGGCCAAAGCUGUGCAAGAUGCAUUCCAAUGCGACGGUAUCAACAUUGUCCAGAACAACGGCGGUGCCGCGGGCCAAGUCGUCUUCCACACGCACAUCCACGUCAUUCCGCGCUAUGAAGGCGACAACCUCAUUCGCCUUCCGGGCGGCAAGGAGAUGAUCCACAAGAGCGAAGCGGACACGGUCCUCGCGCAGAUUCAGGGCUGCCUCUAAAGCAACGCCAUUGUGGUUCCAUGUAUCCUACUACAUACGGCCGUGUGCUAUUAGU